CAACUCUCUCACUUCUAGUUCUCGUUUUCCGUAUAUUACUCACACCCUCUCUCUCUCCUCUUUCGCUUCCGCCACCGAUCCCACCUUUUCCCGACGACGCGCCGGAGGAUCGUCCGAAAUGGCCGAGGAGUUCUCCAAAGCCGUCGACGACGGUCUCCGCCUCUCCAAACGCCUAUACUUCGGGAAGGAUCGAGCCGCCGUGUCGCCGCCGAAGCCGCAGCCGCUCAUGGACAAGUCCGUCGUCGUCGCCGCCACCGGCUCCGCCUACCUCCCGACGUCGCCGAUGGUCUACGCCGUCAUAUCCGACCCGACGAUCGUCGACAACCCGGACAUCCCGAGCUACCAGCCCCACGUCCACGGCCGCUGCGACCCGCCGGCGCUCAUUCCUCUUCCGAUGAACAAGGUUGACCUGGAGGUCGACUGCCACCUGGACACCGCCUUUAUUCGGGUCACCGGGUCGUGGCGGGUCCACUGCGUCAAAAGCUCCAGGAGCUGCGGCUGCCGCAUUGCGAUUCCUAUGGGUGAACAGGGUUCAAUUCUAGGUGUUGAGGUCGAAGUUUCUGGUAAAUCUUUUUUUACUCAGUUAACUGAAUUGAAAGAUGACGUGGAUAUGAGCAAGGUUCCUCAUGGAGAAGGAGGCUUCCUCAAUGUCAAGCCUCAUAUCUUCACCUUGACAACGCCGCCGAUUGAUGGGGGAGUCAAUCUCACAGUGAAAAUGAGCUGGUCCCAGAAGUUGAUGUAUAGAAAUGGGGAGCUCUCUUUGGAUAUACCGUUCGCAUUUCCUGAUUUUGUGAUUCCACCGGGGAAGAAGUACCUCAAGAAGGAGAGGAUCGUGGUGAAUGUGAACUCUGGUCUUGGGACUGAGAUUUUAUUCAAGGGAGCUAGUUAUCCUUUGAAGGAAUUGCAGAGCCAAGAAGGAAAAUUGGGGUUUAAAUAUGAAGGAGAUGUUGUCAUUUGGUCAAAAACUGACUUCCAUUUCUCAUAUACUGUCUCUUCAAGCCAAAUACAUGGUGCCUAUAUCUCGCAGUCACCCUCCAAGGAUGAUGUCGAUCAAAGAGAGAUUUUCUCCGUCUAUCUUCUUCCAGGGAACCAGGGAAGAAAGGUAUUCAGAAGGGAUGUAGUGUUUGUUGUUGAUAUAAGUGGAAGUAUGGAGGGAAAGCCACUUGAUCACACUAAGAAUGUACUAUCUGAAGCUCUCUCUAAACUUGGUCCAGAAGAUUCAUUCUGCAUGAUAGCUUUUAAUGGACAGACUCAUGUUUCAUCUACAUCAUUGAAAUCAGCUACAAAGGAGGCUGUCGAACUGGCCAUUGAGUGGAUUGGCAUAAAUUUUAUUGCUGGUGGUGAUACAAAUAUAUUGCCUCCCCUCAACCAGGCCAUAGAGAUUCUAUCCAACUCUAAGGGCUCACUUCCUAUCAUAUUCCUGGUAACUGAUGGAGCAGUUGAAGAUGAGAGACAGAUAUGCGAAGUGAUGAAAAAGCAUCUUGCAAGUGAGGAUGUGAUAUCCCCACGUCUAUACACUUUUGGAAUAGGUUCGUUCUGCAACCAUUAUUUCCUGCGGAUGCUAGCUAGUAUCGGAAGGGGCCAAUAUGAUGCUGCCUAUGAUAUAGAUUUGGUUGAACCUCGAAUGCAGAACCUAUUUACAAGAGCUUCCUCUGUGAUUCUUACAAAUAUAACCCUUGAUGAGACAUUGGAUGAUUUUGACGAUGUUGAGGUGAUCCCUUGCAAUAUCCCAGAUCUCUCAUAUGAGAGUCCAUUAACUGUAUCUGGCAGAUACCGAGGCAAUUUACCUGAAACCUUCAAAGUUAAAGGAGUCUCAGCUGACAUGUCUAAUAUUGUGAUCGACUUGAAAGUCCAAGAUGCAAAGGACAUAUCUCUUCACAGGGUAUGUGCGAAAGGAGAGAUUGAUUUACUGACCGCUCAGGCAUGGUUGUCAGAGAACAAGCAGCUCGAGGAUAAGGUAGCUAAAUUGAGUGUACUUACUGGUACUGUGAGUGAGUAUACCCGCAUGGUCGUCUAUCAAAAAGAAGAAGCUGUACAGCAGAAGGCCUCAAAGAAAAGCCAGAACAAGACCAAAGAUUCUGAAAGCCUGAAAAUGAUACUGCGACAUAGUUUGUGCGUGGGCUUUGGAAACUUGGGUGCAACCGCAGACAACAUACCUCCGGGAUCCGAAGAACCAAAGCUUCCAGAAGCAGCUGAAAUGUUUGUGAAAGCUGCUUCAAGCUGCUGUGGCUCCCUGUGCAAUCACUGCUGUUGCAUGGCCUGCAUCCGAUGUUGUUCCCACAUAAACCCUCAGUUCGCAAAUGUAUUAACCCAGCUCUUUACUGGUUUAGCGUGUGCUGGCUGCCUAGGUUGCUGUGCAGAAUUAUGUUGUGGUCGAGGAAACAGCGGAUCAUAAAUCUCGUAGAGUAGUGUAUAGGAACUUCUGCAUUUUCUCCUAAUUGCAUCAAAAUACCCACAGCUAGGCAGCUAGUACAAUAUUUGCUCUUACGCUUUGUCGAGUGAUCAACAUUCGUGUAAUGUUUUGGGAUCUUUUCGACAGCCCAGGUCAACCCUGUAAAUUUUUCAGCAGGAAUGAAAUAUAUGAUUAUCUUUAAACUA